AUGACCACCGAGGACAGGACUGAGCGCCGCAAAUUCCGAAGGACUGCCAAUGCGUGCAUCCCAUGCCGGCAGAGCAAAAUCAAGUGCUCGGGGAACCAGCCAUGUGGGAACUGUCAGCGACGCAUGGUGAACUGUCGGUUUGUGGAUAGUGGUGGUCAUAGGAUAAUCAUUCAUCAACCCAGCAAUACCACUCCCUUUGAGAUAAACAGUCAUGCAUCAGAUGGUCAUGAAAAUUGCCCUGAUGAGCUGCUCACUCCUCCUUCUCUUGUUGCUCAGCGUUUCGAUUCGGCACCAUACAUAGGAGCGCAACGACCUGCCGAGUCGUCCAAUCCAACGGUCGACGGCGCGCGCAGCAUCUGGACGAGUCCGUUCACACUCCCCUCAAGAACCAUCAAGAACACUCAGAGGAACAAACGCAACUGGGUCUGGCUGGCACCCUCGUCAACCUGGUCCUUUACUGCCAGACUUACCCUCCUUCUAGCUGAGAAGCUCGCGCUAGACUCUCCCUACAGUGCCCCGAAUUUUUCAGGUGAGGAUAUCUAUGUCCUCCGGUGGAAGUCAUGCGCCCCCGAUGAUCCCCCCGACAUCAGUGGACUCCCAUCAAUCGAUCACGCUCUCUACCUGUUCAACACCGUAAAAUUCCACCUCGGUCAGAGCUAUCGCUUUCUAGACGAGGCUACAUUCGUUGAGCAUCUCCAGGAGUUCUAUCACGGGAACGCAGCCGAAAAAGCGGCUGAGUCGCGUCUGUGGUUCGUACAAUUCCUCCUCGUCUUGUCCUUCGGGAACGCCUUUCUCUCCUCCCGCUGCAAAUACACCACCGAGCCGCCGGGGUCAAAGUUCUUCAUCCGCGCGAUGGCGCUGAUGCCAGACCAUGCCUCCGUCUGGAAGGACAGCCUCAUGGCCAUUGAAGUGCUGGCCCUGGCGGGUCUGUAUCUCUACUCGAUUGAUCACAGGGAGUCGGCCCAUGUAUACCUCGGACAAGCCAUCCGCAUCGCGCAGCUCGAAGGCCUACACACGCAACUCCCCGAGGAAGAGAUCGGACUUCAGACGGUCGAGCGGUGUCGCAACCUGUGGUGGACCCUGUACAUCAUGGACCGACACUUCUCUAGCUCGCUGGGUAUUCCCAUGUUGACGCGCGAUAGCGAUAUCACCACCGUGCUGGACUCGCCGAGCGCGUGCUCCCAACGCGAUGCGACCCUGUGCUUGCAGGUGCGGUUAUCGCAUCUGCUGUCUUUUAUUCUUACCACAGUUUACAAAACCCAGAAAACGCAACUCGGGACGUUCUUGGAUAAGACCAAGUCGAUCCUGCAGACGCUCGCGGGCCACGCGCGGGAGAUUGAGAAGAUUAUCUAUCAGAAGUUUCAGAACUCGAUUGAUACGAUGCCGCGAGGGACGCGGCAUAUUACGCUUCUGUAUCAUCAGUGCGUGAUGGUCGCCACGCGGCCCCUCCUCCUCUCCGUCCUCAAAGAAAGACUCGACACCUUGACCGAAGGCGACGAGGACUGGCAGACGAUCCUCGCGCCAACCAAGACCUUGAUCGCGACGGGGAUCAAAUCCGCGGCCAAGACGCUGCAAAUCCUGUCGGAUGAGGACAGCCCGCUCGCAGAAGUCUUCCUCCCCUACGACCUCGAAUUCACCUACAGCGCCGCCAUCCACCUCGCCAUGGCGCAAGCCCUCUUCCCCCUCGACCCCAACGAGCACGGCACGAGGGGCAUCCAGAAUGCCCACUCCAUCCUGUCUGAGAUGGCGAGCAAGGGCAACCGACUCGCCGAGAACCGUGCCAGGGAGUUGGUCUACCUGGAGGGGUUGUUCGCGGAGCUGGCGAAGCGCAUCGAGCGGCGCGGGUUGCUGACGCUUUCGCUGUGGAAUACUCCGCAGCAGCAGCAGCAGCAACAACAACAACAACACCAACCGGACUGUUCGAGCACGCCCAUCGUACCGGGGCAUGAAGCGGACGCGCCGGCUGGGGAGGACCCGUUCUGGUCGUCCCCGUCGGGCCCGACGCCGACUACGAGUAAUCUCGAGUUGUUGGAUAAUAUUGGGAUCUCGUCGUACGAGUUCCUGUCGAUUGUGGAGCAGAUUGGGAGGCAGGAGUAUCAUAGUAUUCUGGAUACUGGGGCGGGGAUGGGGUGA